AUGUCACGUUUAUCUAAUACGGCUUCUACUUAUUCUAUUUCGUUCUAUGUCUAUUUAGUCGAUCGAUUAAAUGAUACAGACGAUGAAACAUCAUCUCCAACUCCACCAAAACAACAGCAACAAACUGGUUCAUCAUUGGGUGCAUCAAGUGAUGAACAAAAAGAGCUUUUCAAGCUCACAUCAGCAACCGGAAAAUCACCUAUGGGACUAAAAAGACGGAAAACUCAAAAUACUACUCCAUCACGUCAACAAAAGUCAACGAAAAAGUCGACUACAAUAAGCGUUCAAACGGAAUGGACAUGGAAAGACAUGGAAAUGCUUGAACAAUAUCGAGUUCGAGAAGAAAAACCGGAAACAGUAACCACCGAAGAAGAACAUGAAGAGUUAGAUCAAGAAGUUGCUGUUGAAUCAGAAGUGCCACUUCCAAAAGUUGCAACAACUCCUGAACCAGCUGAAUCUACAAUUAGCUCGUUACCGGAAUUGCCAAUUUUAAAUUCAGUCGGACCACCACCUAUUUUACAGUAUUUUCCUGAAUCGAAACGAAAAUCAAGUGACGCGUCUCGAGGAAGUGAGCAAGCCAUUGAAGCUGAAUUACGUGAACUGGGUGUUCAUAUUCAUGGGCAUGUUCCAUGUGAAUUCUGUGGCGAACAAUUACUUAAAUGGCCAACGAUUAUCGAACAAGAAAAAUUUGCACCAAGUCAAUUAUUUUGUUGUAGUGAAUAUCGUGAAUUUGUUGAAGCUGUACUUGAAAUGCAAAGAGAAGAAAAUCAUAAAAUUGAUGCAAAACAAAUUGAUAUACAGCCACAUGCAAAAGUUCGUAGCCGACGCGCUCGACAAUUAGCUGAAGAACGAGCUAAAACAAGAGUUUGGGAACGUCAUCUAGCUGAACAAAAACGGCUUGAAGAACAAGCACAGAAAUUAGCAUAUGCAGCUCAAUCCAAACCCAGUGAUUUGCGAAGACCCCAUCAAUUAACUUCACAUCGUGGUGUUUCGUCAACGACUAGUACCUCACCGCCGCCGAGUACCCUUGACCCGGACUCGGCUAUGGCAGCAAAAAUGAGAACUUUGACAUAUCAAUUAUCAAAUUUGAAAUUCGUUGAAGAAGGCUGGACACUACAAAGACCACCUGAUUUUGAAAUAAGUUCCGAUGAUGACAGUGAUGAUGACGAACAAAUACUUGUACCCAGAGAUCUUUCAUCUUCAGCACUUAAAAAAUUCGAAAGACCACUAAUCCAAAGAUUUUAUAAAGAUGGAUCUAAAGCAGCUAUUCUCUUUCCAAAUGGAACAGGAUGUGUUUAUUAUCCAUCGGGUAAUGUGGCUAUUAGUAUCUCAGAAGUUGCUCGUGCUAUGCAUUUAUAUACUGCAUUUACUGACGAACCAACACUUUCAGGAAAACAACUUGCUCAAUUUGAUCCAUUUGGAAAUGGUUACUGUAAUUUUACAAAUGGAGACUUACGAUUACAAUUGACAGCACUUGAAGGUGUCGAGUUGAAUAUUGAUGGCGGCCGCCGACGUCGUUGGAAUUGGUGGACUAAAGUGAAUACAUCUCUUGACGCACAUGUACAUGCACCACCCUUUCAACCUAUUUUAUUUCAUUUAAAUAAUGAAAUUGUUAUAAAAAUAUGUUCUCAAGAAAAAAUCUAUAUGAAAUUUUCUACGGAACUUGUUGAAAUUAAAUUUAAAGUUGGUGCUAGAUUAAAAGUAAACAAUGUGAAUAAUCUGCCAUCAACACAAAAAACUGAUCCGUAUGAAAAUCUUUUAAAAAAGAAAAAUAUUAUUUUAACACGUUUGUUAAAAAAUAUUCAAAACGAAGCUCAACAAUAUAUUAGAAGUCAAGAACAAAUGAGAACUGCACAACAAACAACUAUAAUCAGUCUUGAACAACAAAAUCGUACAAAACAUGCAGUGAAACAGAGUUUGUUUCCGCCGAUAAAACAAAAUGAAGAGAAAAUUCAAAAUAAUCGCAAAGUUUAUCGUAGUAUCAUUGUCACGUAA